AUGGCGGCAAACGAAUUCUACAACCCUUACAACUCAGGUUACCCCCAACAACAACAACAAAACCAACCCUUAAAUCCAUAUCCCCCCGACGACAGAAUGUCUCCUCCACCAGCCUGGUCUAACCAAAGCCCUCCUCCCCUUCGCACCCCUUCGCCAUACGGCGCAUACGGAAGCCCUUAUGACCGCGACGGCAGUCAGUAUAACCCCCGCCCAGACCAUGACUACCCCGCUUCCCCAGAUAGUCAUAGUUAUGGAGGAGGAAGAGGAAGUGGUGGAGCUGUCGGUGGGGGCAUGGGCACGACGGGAAGGCCGCAUGGCACUGAUUACUACCCAGAUGAUAUCCCUCUAAAAGCCAAUGCGCAGGCGAUGACUGGCGGACGGCCAGAGUGGAUAGAUGCAGAUACGCAAUACCCCCCUUCCUCAGAGAGCCAACGCGUGCCACUAAAUCCGAACCCGACAGCGAGACAUUCGAGGGGAUGGGAAGGGAAAGGGAAAGGGAGGAGGUGGUUUAGGAAGAAGAUACCCUUCGUUACGUAUUUUGUUACCUUGGUGCAGGUGGUUGUGUUUAUUGCGGAGCUGGUGCGGAAUGGCCAAUUGACAGGGUCCCCAAUCAUGAUCAGGCCCCAAUUCAACCCCAUGAUCGGCCCAUCGCCCUACAUCCAGAUAAACAUGGGAGCCCGAUACGUUCCUUGUAUGCGGAAUGAGGAAGGCAUUCAAAACAACCAAAACGCCACAAACGGCCUUGUCCCAUUCCCCUGCCCGAACACCAUAUCCUCGGACCCCUACGCACCCGAAAACCAAUGCACUCUCUCUGACCUCUGCGGCUUCAAAGAGACCCAUAAAGUCCCCGACCCAAAACCUCAAGGCAGCUUGGAGGACAAACCAGAACCAAACCAAUGGUUCCGUUUCAUUGUCCCUAUCUUCCUGCACUCCGACAUGGAGCGCACGAUCGGCUGGUGGCGCUACGCUCUCGUUUACUUCGCCAGCGGCAUUUUCGGCUUCAUCCUCGGCGCCAACUUCGCGCCGGCCGGCAUCGCAUCCACAGGCGCCUCAGGCUGCCUAUUUGGUAUCCUCGCCCUCGCCUUUCUCGACCUCCUCUAUACCUGGGGCACGCGGCCGAAACCCGUGACCGAACUUGUCGUCAUGCUCAUUACGAUUGGCAUAUCCUUCGUCCUCGGCCUCCUGCCCGGUCUAGACAAUUUCUCGCACAUUGGCGGCUUCCUGGUUGGUUUGGUGCUAGGCAUAUCCGUACUCCGGUCGCCGGAUAGACUGCGCGAGCGCAUCGGUGCGGUAACUCCGCACCUCGACCCUUAUGACCCCGUCAGCGCUAGCGGGGCGCUAGGAGCCGGUGAUGAAGCUGGUGAUAAAGCGAAGAGGUUCAUGGUGAAACAGCCUGUGAAAUUCUUCCAGGGGAGGAAGCCGCUCUGGUGGCUGUGGUGGGUUGUGCGGGCGGGGACGCUGGUGGGGAUCGUGAUUGCGUUUAUACUGUUGUUGGAUAAUUUUUAUAAAUAUCGGUCGACCUGUGGGUGGUGUAGGUAUUUGUCAUGUUUGCCCAUUGAAGGCAGAAAUUGGUGCGAUGUUGGUAAGAUCGCUUAA